AAUAUAUAAUAUAUAUGUAUAUAUACAUAUAUGUAUAUACUAUAUGUAUGUAUGCAACAGUGUGUAGAUAGCUGCAGCAAGGGAGAUAUAGAAAUAGAACGAUGCAUCGAUGUGUUGCCAUUAGAAUCACGAAUUCCAUACGCACACAUUCGACGACAACUUGAUCCACGUUUUUCGAUAAAUCACUGGGUUGGUUCGGCCACAACGUAACGUCAAAUGAUCACGACUAACUUUUCCCUAUAAAUUGUCUUUAAUAACAUCGACUCUGCGACACGGUAACAUUUCCUAUCGACGUUUUCUAUUUCUCUGUUGGUAUACGUGAUGAUUAUUAGAAAUGGCAAUAGCCAUUAGAGAUGUCAGAGUGGUAGUGGUAGGUUACGUACGUUAUUCGUAUAUUAUUGUAACUUGUAUGGGUUGGGUAAACGAUAAAGAAGUACGGUGGUAUCGAAUUAUUUUCGGUAAGGAACGAAAUUUUAUUAUUAUUGGAAAUAAUCGAUGAUGGGUUUGAUUAGAUCGAAUGUUAAAUGGUUAUCGCGUGUUUGCUGAGAUUAAGAAAUUGAUAAGACGAUUGGAUCGAUCAUAAUUUGUAUUAGUAAAUAUUCUAAUAAUAUAUUACGAUAUUCUACGAAUAGAUGACGUAUGAUUUAUCGUAGUUUAUUAUACUAUAACAUUUUAUACGUGUCAAGUAUAAAUAGUAGUAACUUAGAAAAAAAGACAAGUUUAAAAACGUUAAAAAAAUUAAAAAAAUAUAUAUAUAUAUAAAUGUAUAAAACGGAUGGAUAAAAAUUUUCUACGAAUUUUGAGCAGAAGUUAUGGGGGAUUCAAGUAUUUCCUUUCAUCCAUCUUCCUACGUUUUUAUUUUAUUUUAUUUUAUUUUAUUUCUUUUUUUGACACGACGAUGAGCAAUCCAAGUACGAAUUUCUUUUUCGUCGUCGGAGUGUAUCAACGAGAGUGGUGUUAGAGAAAAAUAAAUAAAAGUAGCAAACAAGAAAAAAUAGGAAAGAAAGAAGGAAAGAAAGAAAGAAAGAAAGAAGAAAAAAUGGAGAGCGUGUGUGAAUGAUAGUAGUGGUAGCGACGGCAAUAGUAGUAUCAGGGACGUUUCACGAUCGACGAGAUUUCAGUGGCCCCUCGAGCAACCUGCUCUCGUGGUAUGUAGAUAUGUAUAUAUAUGUAUGUAUGUAUGUAUGUAUGUAUAUAAUGUACAUACGUACGUACUUACGUAUACAUGUACUUGAAAAUCGUCGUCCGCGACUAGCUUUCGUAUUUUUCGAUUUAUCUGCGAUCGUCUUGGAUGGUAUCGUAUUCUCUUCUUUUUAUGUGUCAAAGCUAUGUAACAAAGUGAAUAUUAUAUUUAUCGAUCUGAGAAUGAUAAAGAUUUUGAUCGGAUAAAGUAUAAGGAAAUAUGAAACUAGAGAAAGAAAAAAGGAACGAGGAAGUUUUGAGAAGGAUAAGGAAGGAAUUAAUAUGAAGAGAAAAUAAUUGAGGAAUGAGAAAGAGAGGAGGAGAAAAAAUUAAAAAAAGAAAGAAAAGGAGGAGGAGGAGAUAGAAAGAGGAGGAUUAACAGAGUAGGAAGAAGAAGAAGGAUGUAAAGUGAAAAAAAUUAAGGAAAUACGAAUGGAGAAAAAAAAUAUGAGAAAAUGUGGAGAAGAAGAAGAAGAAGAAUACGAAGAUAGAAAAAUUGAGGAAAUACGAAUAGAAAAAGAAAAAAAUGUGAAAAUGUGGGGAAGAAGAAGAGAGAAAGAAGAUUAAUAGGAGAAGGAAACAAGAGGAUAGAGAAUUAAAAAUUACGGCGAAUAAAAAAAUUAAAAAAGAAAAGGACAAAUAAGAAAGGAGCAAGAAAUUUCGAAAACGAGAAAGGAAGAAGAGGGAAAUAGAUAAGCAAAUAAGAAGAUUAGCGAAAAAGAAGGAAGAAAUGAAAAAUAAAAGAAACGUGACAAUCUCGAGGAACGUAGUCAAGUUGGAAAAAGAAAAAGGGAAAAAGGAAAAUUAAAAAGAAAAGAAGAGGAAGAAACAAGAAAAGGAUAAUAAUAAUAAUAAUGAUAAUAAUAAUAAUAAGAGGAAGAAGAAAAAGGAAAUGGGCGACGAGAAAGGUAGAAUAGAAUAGAAAAGAAAACUAGAGAAGAAAGAAGUGAAAAAUGAAAUGCGAGGAACGUGACGAACGCAGUAAAAUUAGAAGAAGAAGAAGAAGAAAUAGUAGAGGAAAGAAAUAUGUCAACAAAAUAAAAAGAAAAAGAAAAAAGAAAUAAUGCGAAUAAAGAGAAAAUACCGAAAGGCUAACACGAGUAAACACACGGCAAACAAGACAAAACCAAAAGAGUACAAAAAUAAGUCUGAAGAACUGCUAAGAAGGUAUAAAGAAAAAAAAAAGAAAAGGAAACAAGGAAACAAAGAAAGAAAGAAAGAAAGAAAGAAAGAAAGAAAGAAAGAAAGGAAGAAAGAAAGAAAGGAAGGAAGGAAGGAAGGAAGGAAGAAAAAGAAAAGGAUUCAGAAGUAGAAGUGGGGGUGUAGAGAAAAGAUAGACAAAGACAGAGAAACGGAGAAACAGAGACAGAGAGAGUUCGGUGUCCUGGAUUGGACCUGCGCGAAACCAACGUAGUUUAGAGCGUCGCGACGCUCCGACAAGGAAUACCGUCAGUAAGCGCGUCUCGACGCCCGGGGAUGCGUCGUCCGUGACGGCGAUAUCAAUCAUCGAUAUUAUCUACGACCGUGUGCUGCGCGAGUUAUCACAAACCGCGAGAAAUAUUUAGAAAAAUUUCGAGUGUGUUGAAAAGGGGGGAAAAGAAAAGAAAUAAAAGUAAUAAUAAUAAUAAUAAGGGGAAAUAAAAAGAAAAGAAAAACAAGAACAAAAAGAAAAUUAUAUAAUACGUGACGUGAACUCUUCGACGGUUCUGUAAAAAAAAAAUAAAUAAAUAAAUAAGUAAAUAAAAUAAUAAAAAAUAGUUUCGACGAACGAUAAGAGGGGUGUGUUAAAUAAAAAAGAAUUAAUAAAUAAUACAUUGAUUGUCCGAUCGAUCGAUUAAUAAAAUAAAAGAAAAAGGGAUACACACAGACGCAAGACGCAUGAACGAAGCCGCGCGAUACAACCCUUAGACUAUAAUGAAACAUUUUUUUCACGAGAAUGAGGGUGGCACAACUAUUACUGUGGUGCGUACUACUCGAAGAUUAUGGUGGCAAUCUCGGCAGGGCGGCAAUUACCAGUGACUCCAUACGACAAGACGCCGCCUCUGCCUCUGCCUCUGCCUCUGCCUCUGCCUCUGCCUCUGCUGCUGCCUCUUCCUCCUCAUCCGCAACGAAUCCUACUUUAUCAGAUGCCCCAAAUUUUUCAGAAGCGAUCGGUAACGUGACCGCGGCCAUCGGCAAAGAAGCAGUCCUAUCCUGCACAAUCCGGAAGCUGGGUAAUUACAAGGUAGGAUGGCUACGAGUAGAGGAUCAGACGAUAUUGUCGAUGGGUCAGCGAACGGUGACCCAUUCAGCCCGGUUCCUAGUCACCAUGGAAAAGGCCAAGGCAAAGAAUCAGACCCGUUCGAGAGAGGACGAGGAGGCCACUUGGAGCCUCCAUAUUCGCCAACUCAGGAAGGCCGAUCGAGGUUGCUACAUGUGCCAAAUCAACGCGCAGCCCAUGUUGAGCCAGCUGGGAUGCGUCGACGUCCUAGUUCCCCCUGACAUACUGAGUUCUGGUACAUCGGAAGGAGAAGUCUCGGUUUUAGAAGGGGAAAACGCAACACUUUCUUGCAAGGCAUCGGGUAGACCAGCCCCACGAGUUCUUUGGAAAAGAGAAAAAAGUGAUUUCAUUCUGAUGAGAGGCCUUCACGAAGCUUUAGUUCAAGUGGACAGCCAGUCCGGCGAGAAGCUGGAAUUAACGAGGGUAGACAGGAGGCAAAUGGGAGCUUAUCUUUGCAUAGCCAGAAACGAAGUACCACCGACAGUCAGCAAAAGAGUCUACCUCAGAGUGAACUUCGCCCCAAGCGCAAAAGUACGUAAUCAAUUAUUGGGUUCACCGUUGGACACGGAUGUCUCAUUGAUCUGUUCGAUCGAAGCUUAUCCAAAGACGAUCAACCUGUGGACCCGGAAGGAACAAGUGAUCAUGAGCGGCGGAAGAUACGAGAUCGACGAACGUAGCCAACCGGAGGAAGAAUGGAAGACUACGAUCGAGCUCAAGAUAAAGCGUCUUCAGAAGACGGAUUUAGGAGAAUACACGUGUUCGGCAUCCUCUAGUAUGGGAAAAGCCGCAGCCACUAUCAGGGUAUAUGAGAUAGAACGUGCUACGUUACCAACACGUGCGACCUCGGCAACCUGGAAGAAACAGAACAAAGGUGGUAAAUCAAAAACCGUUCUUGGGGUCUCUACGGUCAAUCGAGUUUUCCCCCAUCUGAGCACUCCGGCGAUGCAGAAGAGCACGUCCCGAUUGAUCUUCGGUAACAAAUACUCAACGACAUCGACUACCGUUGAUCCACGUGCUGGUGGUUCGUCGAUCGUCGUAAAAGGGAAUAAUGGUGGUUACAACGAUGAGGAAAAAAACGAAUCGAAGGAAGAACCGAAGGUAGAAAACGUCGCUAACAUCGGCAAUUUUAUCUUCAACAAACAAAUAUAUACGAUCUGCUUAACGUUUUUAUCGACCAUACGAUAAAAUGGGUUAUAUCUACGUUUCUUGAUUACUAUCCAUAAAUAUAUCCAUACAACCGAUCACCACAACGCAACACAACACAACACACACCGCAACAACCACCGCAACAGCCACCACCAUUAUCACCCUCAAUCAUAUUCCCCUCCCUACACUAAACCUUACACUCCCACCCCCCACCACCACCACCAUCCCUUUUUUCUCUCUCAUCCUUUGCGAGGCUGUGUCUGGACCCCCAUAGGGUGUUAAUAAAAAGAUGAUAAGGUAUGUGUAAUAAUGGAAAGAGUAAAGAGACGUCGUUGAGCCGUUAGGGCGUAAUUCUUUGCGAAUUUCAAACAAGUUCUAUCAGAUAUUGAACGCUUACGAAUGUAUUUUUUAUGAACCUUUUGUCCCCGUCUCCUCUCGGAUAAAAAGAAAAAGAAAAGAAGGAAAGAAAAGAAACCAAAAAAAAAAGGAAGAAAAAGAAAAAAACGAGAGAAAAAAGAAAAGUUAAUAAUAAUAAUAAUAAUAACACUAAUAAUAAUAAUACUAAUAAUAAUAAUAAUAAUAAUAAUACUAAUAAUAAUAAUAAUAAUAAUAAUAACAACAAUAACAAAAAGAAGAAAAAUACGAGUAAAUGGACGAGGCGUCCUGCUUUUUCGUUAAAACUCAUCAAACGUGUUUUAAUCUCGGGUAUUUUUGAAGGAAGCCUUCAUUGUCGAAAUCGAUCGAUCGAUCGCCUUCAUUUACUUUUUUCGAUAGAAAAUUACGGGGUACUUUUAUAUAUAUAUAACGGAUUAGUAUGUCGAAAGCCUUAUACAUACAUACACGAACGUAAAAAGGGUCAUGUUUUGAACGCAUCGUUAGUGCCGUUCCGUUCGUUCGUUCGUUCGUUCGUUCGUUCGAGUAUUUGCUAACAUAACCACAAAAAAAAGGAAAAAGAAAAGGAAUUCAGAGGUUAAAAAGAUUUUACGACGCGAAUGCCGUAAUAAAAAGUAAAGAAAAGAAACAUCGAAUGACGUUUUUGUCGAUACAAGCAAUUAAAAAUAUUUGAAAACAUUUAUAUAUCUAACGUUUUCUUUUAUUUCGAUCGCCAAAUGAAAUUUUUUAUAACCUCAGAUUUGAAACUACUCGAUCGAUAAAAAAGAAAAAAGUAAAGAAAAUAAAAGGAAAAUAAGCGAGAAUUUCAAAGGAUGCCGAGUUAUAGAAUUCCACCUAACGAUGUAUAAACCCAUAACAAAAAAAAAACCAUAAGCCGAUGUUACAUUAUAAAAAAAAAAUAAUAAUAAAAACGGACAUGAAAAAAGGCGAAAGAACAGAAGAAAAGAAGCAAGAAAUAAGAAAUGAAAAAUGGACACUUACGCGUGUAAUAUAUUAGAUAUGUGCACUCGUACGUUAGAUGGUAAUAGAGAAAGCUUUGUUUCUAUACGCUUUUCCCUUUUCCUGCAUAUCGUUGUAUAACGAUACGUAUAAAUAUGUCUUCAUAAAGGUACACAUUUCGACGUCAACUUUCAUUAUUGCCGGUUAACCUGCGACUAAAAGUACUUACUUCAUAACGAUUAAACUAGAGAGAGAGAGACAGAGAGAGAGAGAGAAAGAGAGAGAGAGAAGGAUACUAUAUACAUAACAAAGGACAAACUUCAGUCCGGUAACGGCAAUGGCGCUGCGAUUAAAACGAAUAUCCUUUAUAUUUAUUUUAAUCGUAUUUGCUAAUUAAAUAAUAUAAUCCUUCGUAUAACGAGCGAAUAGGCACUACCGAAUCAAACUAUUCGAUUUUAUUCGAACGCAGACAAAUAAUUAGCGUACUAACUUAUACGUAUAAGAAAUAAUAAAAUGUGUCUUUAUUUAUCGACGUAUCGAGAGCUUGCUCGGUAAUAAUAUAUGUGUGUAUAUACAUAUAAGUACAUACAUACGUAUAUAUGCGUGUUUUUGUAUAUUAUAUAUAUAUAUAUGCAUAUAUGGAAGAUUCAUAAUCAUACAUGUACAUGGCGACGUAAAUUGUAUAGAGGGCGUUGCUUGUUAUUUCUAUAAUUUCUUUAUCAUUUUUUUCUCGACCGUCGGUAAUGAAGUAAUUUACCUCGUAUGGUAAUAACUAUUUAAAUUGACCAAUAAUUAUCGCGUCGUUUUUAAUGUUAGAUAAACUUUUUAUCGCCUUUUGUAAUUAGUUUACGUUUAUAUAAGUAUAUUUAUUAAAUAAAUAGUGUAUAAUAUUAAGAGAGAAAAAGAGUGCAUAGAAAAAAAAUAUUUUACAUCGGAGAUGUAUAAUUUGAUCGUAUCAGCUGUUCGUUGCUAUACCAUGAAUACUAGUUCUUAAUUGAUAAAUAUUUACAAUAUUACUGGGGUAACUAUAUUUUCUAUAGCAAAAUUAAAUAAUGAUUUCUAUUGUAUCAAUCACAUGUAUUACAUAUAAUUUUACUAACUUUUCCGCAUAACUAAAAACCAUAUCUUACUCUGUAGAUAAAACGACAUAAGUCAACGAUUGUAACGUUGAAAAACGAAUGUAUAAAAAGAAAUAAGUACAGACAUACAUACAACUAAGAAAAAUAUUGCAUUCGAUAUUAUGUAUGACAGUGAACGUCGAUUACUGCAGAGUACAAGUUUUAGGUCGCAUUGUGUGCUUUAGCAUCACUGAGAAAAUUUUAGGAUAUUUGCGACGUUAAAGAUAUGAUAAAUGUACCUAUUUAAUAAAUCCGGUAUGUAUUACAAAGCGAUACUCAGUAUAAUAAUCCUAUAUUAAUUGUAUUAAAAAAAAUGUUGUUGUUUAUAGAAAAUAUAUUGUGAAAAUAAAAUGAAAAGAAAAAAAAAAAGGAAACGCUCCCGAGAUCAUGUAAUUAUAUAGCUUUGGAAGGAAUAAUAUGUUGAUAAAUAAACAAUACAAUGCAAUUAGAAAUGAUUAUUGCUUUAUAUAUUACAGUUGGCCUCAAAGAAAUAUAUUUUUCUUUUUUUGUUUUUUUGUAUUGUUUUUAUCAUCAAAGAAAUAUUAAACAUGCGCGUCUGUCAUACAUUCCUUGUUUCUACUGUGUCAUUCACACCUUAUUAAAUGUUAUAAACAUUUCCAUAUUUCAUUCCAAAAUAUCUUUGUACAAAUCUAUAAAAAUUUCUUGAAAAA